AGUACCGGAAGUGGUGAGAUUUAAUGUCGGCUAAAAGGAGCGCUCGCGCUGUGGGAGUGUGACAGACGGGUCUCAGCGGGUUUACAUUUCAUUAGAUGCACAUUUAUUCAGUUUUUUUUUUUUAAUUUUAAAUCUCUUUUAUAGGGAAUGAACCACUUGUUUGGAGCGAGGAAGUAUUUUUAUACGGUUUAGUCUGAGAGGAGGAGAAUUCUGGGCUGGAUACCGACCAGGACCGCUGAGCUGAUUGGUGACGUGAUCCUGCCAUGCGUGAAUAUAAGCUCGUUGUGUUGGGUUCUGGAGGUGUGGGCAAGUCUGCACUGACGGUGCAGUUCGUCCAGGGCAUCUUUGUGGAGAAGUACGAUCCCACAAUAGAAGACUCGUACAGAAAGCAAGUGGAAGUGGACGGGCAGCAGUGCAUGCUGGAGAUUCUGGACACAGCCGGCACGGAGCAGUUCACAGCAAUGAGAGACCUGUACAUGAAGAAUGGCCAGGGCUUUGCUCUUGUCUACUCCAUCACAGCACAGUCCACGUUUAACGACCUGCAGGACCUCCGAGAACAGAUCCUACGAGUAAAGGACACGGAAGAUGUGCCGAUGAUCCUAGUGGGUAACAAGUGUGAUCUAGAGGAUGAGCGAGUGGUGGGAAAGGAGCAGGGGCAGAACCUGGCUCGUCAGUGGAACCACUGUGCCUUUUUAGAGUCUUCGGCCAAAUCAAAGAUCAACGUCCUCGAUAUCUUCUAUGACUUGGUCAGACAGAUAAAUAGAAAAACACCAGUGGAAAAGAAGGCAGCGAAGAAGAAACCCAACUGUGUGCUGCUGUAGUGUCUCCUCCCUGAAGUCCCUCGGAGCCAGAGAUCUGCAAUGAAGAACUGUUUCCCUGUUUGGAAGGGUUUUGUCAUCCUCAGCGAGUGAAUCUACGGACCAUCAGAUGAACUUGAAGAAUAUACAAACAAACAAAAACACAUGGAGUCGUUGUUUUUUUUUAUUCCUUUGAGGAGAAAUGUUCAUUUAUCACAAUCUGCAUAGGACUUAUUUUUCAGAGUUCCUCAGAAACACUGAGUAUGAUAUCUUCCAUUUAAAAAAAUUAUUCAACUUCAUUUUCAAACCAAACCAGCUUCAACCAGAGAACUACUGGAGACAGUUAUAUCACCAAACAGCUUGGUAUUUAAGUAAGGACUUAUUCGAGGGAAAAGACUUAAUCUAACCACAACAUCAAGAAGAGAUUUUUUUUUUUUUUUGGGGGGGGGGGGGGGAAGGAAAUGCAUAACUGUGACUCAUAAUUUGAUCUAAUAUUUCAGUACCUAACGAUUAUUUUUUUUAAACCCAAAUCUGUCUUUAUGAAGGUUUCUCAUUUCUAGUCACAUUUAAGGAACUAAUUAUACAGAACUUUUAUUGUCUUCUUCUUAUUUGUAAUAUUUUAAUCUCAGCAUCAGCAUGACCACAUAACGUAGAUGUUGUAAAUGAAGUUCAAGUGUUGAAUCUUUUGAAGUAUUUCAUUCUCAAAGCCAUUUGUGCUCAAGUUUAUAGACGGGGGUUUCAUAAGCUGUAUAUAAUUAUACACUGUCUCCCUUUAUGCCAAUAAGGACCUGACCCUCGACCCCUGACCUGUGACACUUUUGUACCUUAGUCACUUGGCUUUUGUAGCUUCUUCCAUAAGCCUAUUCUAAUAUUCUAUUUUUUUGGACGUGUAAGACUUUACGGCUUUUUAUAGACACGGGGGAAACUGGGUAAAAAUCCCAGACAGAUUUGUAGGUCUUUGAAGUUUUAAAUAUAUUGUUCUAUAUCUCCUUUAUUCCUUCUCAUGCAUUUCUGUCAGAAAGUCAUUCUGGCUUUUAUGGUUGAUUAAAUUUUAGUAUGUUUUCACUGUA